AUGGACGGCGACGAGAAUAUCCCAAGGUUCUCGUCAAAUAUUCCUCGUCCAAACGUGGUCUCCUCAGCCGGGAGAAGUCUCCAUGAUAUCACAUCCACCGCAAACAAUGCCGCUGGCACCAUGAUGCCUCCGCCGGGCACUAUCAGUCGCAAAUACGUCAAAUCCAUGACAGCUAUGGAAUCAGUUCAGAACAGAAAAACACUCGCCGAAAGGGGUGGUGAAAUCAGAAAGCCAAAUCAAUUUGGCCAUUCAGCCUCCAAAUCCUUGAAUUCUAGGCCCAUUUAUCCGUUGUUGCCGUCUUCGACCUCGAGCUCCUCUCGCCCUGCUUCGGCCGCUCCACGAAAUACAUCCCACAACCUUAACUCCGCCUCCAAUAGCACUACUUCCCGGGCACGCUCUUCUGCCCGAAGUAUCGCUCGACCCCAGACGUCCUUUGGUUAUGGGCGCACUCAUGGCUCCGCCUCCCCUCGCCCAGUAACGUCAAUGAGCACUCGAAAUGACGAUUUCCAUGACUCGAUCUUGGGGAAACGAAAGGGUAUGGACACAAUUUCCUUGGAAUGCUCCUCACCCGAAUCCUUACCCUUCCCUUCAUUGAAAACUGGCCCAACUCCAAGAAGAGGCAGCUAUGACAACCAAAUGAAUUAUGUUUCAGAUUGGUCGAGCUCCUUUGCUGCACAAUCAGUGUCCCACUUAGCAGUGCGGGAGACUUUGCGGAACGUGUCCUUGACCACCGCAAUGCAGGGCUUGACCCUCAAUACUUCCCCGCCAACCCUUACCCUACCACACGGACAUGAUGCCCAGGAAACCACCAGGCCCAAACGAUCCUCUUCUGUUAAAACAACCCAUGGCAUCACUCCCCUUUCCCAGAACAUUCCCACAUCUCUUAAAAAAUCCCCCAGGAAAUCCCCUCCUAAAGUAAAACAGUAUCUAACUCGUGACUCUUCAGUCGAAGCUUGGGACCAAGACGCCAAAUUACAGAAUAUGAAUGCUAUGUGCGAUAUGCUAUUGAGCCGCUUUCAUGGAACAACCAACCAAAGCGCCGGUCUUAAAGAAGCCAUAGAGCUGUAUAAAACCCGACUCCAGGAGGUGGAAGAUAAAAACUCACAGCUUUCUGAGCAAAACAUUUCCAUCCGCGUUGAACUUGACACCACUAAAUCCCGUCUCUCUGUGGCAGAGAAUAAUCUUAAAGAUGUCGCGCGGGAUCACGAAAUUUCCAUGGAUGACUUGGACAGGCAGCACCGCGUUCAAUUAGAAACUGCACGCCAAGAAGCGAAAAAACAGCUCGAGGACCUUGUGGCGAAGCAUCAAGACGAGAUGCGAGAAUUACAUCGCCGGUGCGACGCCCAAAUUGAAGAUGAGAGGAUCAGGCGACAAAAGGAACUCAGCCAAAUGAAUGCGCAAACUGCUGUCGAAAUACAACGUACUCGAAAUGAGUCUGAAAAUAAAGACCGCGAGCUUCGGAGCGUAAAAGCCGAGGUGGAUCGUUUGACAAGUGACUUGGAACGUGAACGGACACUUAAUAAGGAACUUCAACAAAACCUGAUGACCAAUAGUAGUAAUACUUUGACCCUAGAGUCUUCGAUUCGUGCACUGAAGGCUAGGAUUGAGUUCCUCGAGUCGGGUAACAAGGAGCAGUCCGAUGCAUUUGCUCGUCUUGAUCAGGAACUCCGAGAUGCCCUGGCGGAGACUAGCGUCGCCCAGGCAAAGCUACGCAAAGAGGAAUCGUUGCGAAGAAAGCUUCACAAUCAGGUACAGGAGCUGAAGGGAAACAUUCGUGUUUUCUGUCGCGUUCGUCCGAUACUCGACAAUGAGUCAGAUGCAGAUGCGGCACAAAUCGAAUUUCCCGAUUCAGAAGCCGACUCGAAGGAGAUUUCGGUGCUUGGUCCAGAGGAAAAGAGUAGCCUUGGGAACAUUACAACAAAAAAUUACUUUUACUCUUUUGAUCACGUUUUUGGACCAUCAUCUCAAAACACUGACGUUUUCGAAGAGAUCAGCCAACUGGUUCAAAGUGCGUUGGAUGGAUACAACGUAUGUAUAUUCUGCUAUGGUCAAACGGGAAGCGGGAAGACCCACACAAUGUCUUCUGAUGACGGAAUGAUACCUCGGGCUGUUCAUCAAAUAUACGAUACAGCAAGGUCGCUGGAAGAGAAGGGCUGGCACUAUGCAAUGGAGGGGAAUUUUGUCGAGGUUUACAACGAAAACUUGAACGAUCUGCUUGGCAAAGCAGACGAAUUCGAUAAGAAGAAGCACGAAAUACGCCAUGACAUGCAAAAGUGCAAAACAACAAUCACGGAUAUUACAACUGUUAACCUGGACUCCCCCGCACGCGUUGCAUCCAUUCUACGUCGUGCUGCAACCAAUCGCUCAGUUGCUGCAACCAAAGCAAACGAGCGAUCUUCACGAUCACAUUCUGUUUUUAUCCUAAAACUAAUUGGAGAAAAUAAGGUCACGGGAGAAAGGAGUGAAGGAACUCUUAAUCUUGUUGAUCUUGCUGGCAGUGAACGCCUCAGCCAUUCGAAAGCCACAGGAGAGAGAUUGAAGGAAACUCAAAGUAUUAACCGCAGUCUGAGUUGCUUGGGUGAUGUAAUUGCCGCCCUUGGGCAAGGGAAAGACGGCGCACAUAUUCCGUACCGAAAUAGCAAGCUCACAUACCUCCUUCAAUUUUCUUUGGGAGGCAACUCUAAGACGUUAAUGUUCGUCAUGGUCAGUCCUAGGCAUGAGCAUCUCAGCGAAACCCUUACCAGUCUAAAGUUCGCGACCAAAGUCCACAACACUCACAUUGGGACCGCGAAGAAACAGACGAGAAUUAUUCGCGAAUCGUAA